GUCUGAUGCACAGAAGCUUUUUCCUCAGAAUGGCUGCAAAAAUCUUGGCACUGUGGCUGCUGCUCGCAGGGACAGUGUUUCCUCAGGGCUGCUGUCAGCACUGGUCAUACGGACUGAGCCCCGGAGGGAAGAGGGAUCUGGACAACUUUUCAGACGCACUGGGCAAUAUGAUUGAAGAGUUUCCACGCGUCGAGGCACCUUGUAGUGUUUUUGGUUGUGCAGAGGAAUCACCUUUUGCCAAAAUGUACAGAGCGAAAGGACUUCUUGGGAGUGUGGCCGAAAGGGAAAAUGGACACCGGACGUACAAAAAAUGA